AUGCGCACAUUAACUAACUUACCUACUUACCAAGUAGGAAUUUUCUUUGGCUUCACAGCCUGUAUAAAAUAUCGAUACACUCUUCUAAGUACGAGAUACUUUUUUGAUACACGUAUUGUACUUUUUUGA